AACAAAUGAAGUACACCUAAAGCAAAAUCGAGAAUUCCAACUACUCCCUUUUAAGCUUCUCAAAAAUGUCUAAAGUGGAUAAAGUUCAAAUCUUUACUCAAUUCUUUAUCUUACUAUGUUAAUUAAUCUUGUUUAUGUGCUAUUUUAUUCACUUCAUUUUUUUGCAGCAGCUGAACUUUGAGCUUCAAGAUCAGAGGUAAAAAUGAUUUCUUUUUCAAGAUGAAGUAAGUUCAAUUUUUUAUCCAAUUGUCUUACUAUAUUACCAAGAGAUCACGGAUUCAAGCCUUGGAAACAGCCUCUGGCAGAAAUGCAAGGUAAGGCUGCGUAUAAUACACCCUUGUGGUGGGGUCCUUCCCCGGACCCUGCGCAUAACGGGAAUUUUAGCGCACCGGGCUGCCCUUUUUCUGUUUUUGUCUUACUAUGUUAACUAAUCAUUCUUGUUUUCAACUUUUUUCUGAAAAAAUCUUGGUGUUUUUUUUUUUUUAUUCUGUCUGUUCGUUGUGCUGUUUUAUUCACUUCAUUUUUUGCAAGAGUUGAAUAUGACAAGUAACGGGAUACAAGACCAAGAUCAGAGGAAAAUUGUUGGCAUGGAAGAUUCUAGCAUGACAAUUGAAUUUCUCCGGGCUCGAUUAUUGGCUGAAAGGUCCGUCUCGCAAACAGCGAAGCAGAGAGCUGAUGAACUAGCAGAGAGGGUCUUGGAACUGGAAGAGCAGCUAAAGAUUGUGUCGUUACAAAGAAAGAAAGCUGAGAAGGCCACAGCAGCUGUACUUUCCAUCUUAGAGAACGAAGGAAUAUCUGAUGUAUCGGAGGAAUUCGAUUCAGGCUCUGAUCAGGAAGCAAUAUGCUCCGAUACUAAAGGUGUUGAGUCCGCUGACAAUAGAAACGAGCGAAAGCCAACUCCGUUAAAUGUGAAAGAGAGAGAAAAUGACGCAGACAUCUCAAGCUCCGAGCUCGUGUCUUCUCCAUCAACUGGUAGAAGUCUGUCAUGGAAAAGUGGUAAACUUUCUGUGCAGCAGUCUUUUGACAGGAAGAAAUAUACUGAUUCUCCCUGGAGGUGGUCGGGUAGUUUCACGUCAAAUGGGACUUCUUCGCCACAACGGGCUGGAAAAUCAUGUCGACGGAUAAGGCACAGUAACACCAAAUUGUCCACUGACGAAUUACAAAGUACCUCUGGUGAAUGCCCCCCUGAGCAUCUUCCUUCUUCUGCAAAUAGCGGGCAUCCAUCCUUAACGGACAGUGCUGGCAAUAAUGACGUGAAAGAUCAACUUCACUUUCCUACUUCAGAGAUGUUGCAAAAUCAAAGGAAAGCGGAUGAGUGUGAUGAAGACAUGGAAAGAGCGUUACAACAUAAGGCCCAACUUAUAGGGCAGUUUGAAGCCGAGGAAAAAGCUCAACAAGAAUGGGAAGAGAAGUACAGAGAGAAUAACAGCUAUGCACAGGAUUCACGUAAGCCUGGGAAUUACUCAGACGUGACUGAAGAAAGAGAUGACAUGAAUUUGCAAGAUCGUGCUAACAAAUUCCAGGAAGCAGAUAUUCCCUCCACCGAUGGAGUUACAGACAAUGUUCUAUCCACUCCGCAAAUUGAUACAGGCUGCAGGAAGGAUCAGGCUGAAUCCCCAGCAUCAGAGUUUGCAUGUUCAAAGUCUAACGGGAGUUGUCCAGAAAAUCAUGGCUCGUCACCUGCUUAUAGUCGCCAUCAGUUUCCAUCUGCUAAUGAUUCCCCUAUACACCCCGUUGAAAAUACUAUCAAAUCCUCUGGAGGUAGCAGUUCACAAGCAGGACAGGCUUUUGAAGGGGCUUAUGAACAAGCCUUGGUUUCUCGUGAUGCUUCAGAUAACGUAGGACCUAUCCUGGGAGCGCUUGAACAAGCUAAAUUUUCGCUUAACCAACAGAUCAACUUCUCACCAGUAGCAAAAGGCGGAUCUCCAAUAGAACAUUCUGUUCCGGUAGCUAGAAUUGAGGACAGAUUAGUCAUUCCACCUGGAUUCCCUGGCCUUUUUCGACUACCAACAGAUUUUCAACUCGAAGCAACUACAACAGCGAACUACCAAGGUUUUCCGUCGAGGUUCAAUUCAGCGGACCAUUCUCAUGAAACUGGCUCAUUCCAAGAGGUCAAUUCUGAACAACCUUCACAGAGGCCUAUCUGUGAAAACACCUUAGACACAGGUCUACCAUAUUCCACUGGAUUCGACUACCUUAAUCCUCCCUCGAGUUUUGGUCUUCCAUUUUCUAGUAAAGCAACAUACCCCACCUAUCCGUUUCAAAGCAAUACAGCAACUACUACGUCUCAAUCCCAAAGUCCGCUAGUGCCAAACUUAUCCUCAGGUGAAGAAGUAUUCUUAAGAUCCCUUCCAAUGAAUGAGACAGGUAUACCCCCAUCGCUUCCUACCUCGCAUUACGAUGCUCAUCUGAGAUCGAACAUGUAUAGAUGACUUGUAUUGCUCAAAAGCACUACAUUUUAUUAAGCGAUAGCCUCGGCCGAUAUGGUUUCUAAGGUCAGUGUGAGAGGUGUACUCAUGUAUCUAUGAUAUUUGAGGCUGCUGUUGUAUUUAGAUGUGUGUUUUGUAAAGUCUUCUGCAAUCAAUAAAAUUUGUCAGCAAUUAGCUUUUUUUUUUGUA